AUGGAAGUCGGCAGUCUUCGCUACGGUGUCAUCGUACCUAGCGAGUUUGGAGAGGAGGUUGAAUGGCGACAUUGGGGCUGCGUUACCCCUAACAUCUUAUUAGAACUUGCGGCGGUUCUCGACGACGUACGAGGAUACGCGGAAUUGAAGCCUUCCGACCAGCAAAGAAUUCGUACAGCUGUUGCAUUGCGACGGAUAAAUCCGAGCGACAUACCAAAAUCCGCCAGAACUGCCUUACCAGUCCCCUCUCGCGAGACCAAUGUGAGUGCCGGUUCUUCGCAACGUCAGAAGAGGAAGGCACCACCCCCCGAGAGCGCUCUACGUCAUGUUCCUCAGCUGUCAGGCUCUCAGAGGCCGCCCACUACCCCUUCAGCCAACGAGACCAUAGUCGUCGAUGACGACGACACAGAGCCAGAUAAUUUCGAGGAAGUCAAGGAUGAGCUGUACUGUGAAUUAAUGACCAAAGUAGUGGGAAUACAAUACUAUAAAGGUUUGGUCGGUCCUGGAGAGGAGGUUGUGCUUCGGAGGGAGCCUUCAAAUAAAUACGAUCGAAACGCCAUUUGCGUCUCAAAUAUAGGUGGAUCUCAAGUUGGUCAUCUUCCCCGCGAUGUCGUUGCAAGACUUGCGCCCAUGCUUGAUGCAGGGAAAAUCAUUAUCGAAGGUGUUAUCAACGAUGGAAACUUGGGAGCUCGUUCCGCAACAUACAAGCUCAGCAUAACUGUCAAAAUCUACGGUCCAGCUGACAAGAGAAGCGAGCUUGAACGCAGUCUCAUAUGGGCCACACCUGGACAGCGUGGUUUCUCUCGGACCAACAAUGCAGGGCCUUCACGCAGUCAAUACCAGUCUGUUCAAGCACCUGAUGGGCCUUCCGGUAGUCAACGUCAGGCGGUGCAAACACCUGAGCAGAUGGAGAGGAUUCGAAGGCGACAGGAAGCACUGCAAAAGGCUGCUGAGUUAAGAGAAACGCUGAAUACAUUGGAGAAAGUGAAUGACGAAGGAAGACGUUCCUCCCUUCUCGAUACACUUUGUACAGCGGAUGACAUCUUAGCACUGCCCGAACAUCCUGAUCCUCCUGGCGUCCAAAACCGCAAUCUGACGGUCAAUCUUAUGAAACAUCAGAAACAAGGCUUACAAUGGUGUCUAGAGCGCGAAAACCCUGUUUUACCGGCGACAGUGGACGAUAAGCCGGUUCAAUUUUGGCAAUUAAAGGAGAACCUCAAGCUGAACAAAAAGUACUACUUCAACAUUGCAACAAAAACACCACAAGAAUCCCCACCCACCCUCGGUCGAGGAGCGCUCUUCGCCGACGCUAUGGGCCUGGUAGAUCAUCUUCAUAUAUUCCAACCCAGAUAG